GAUAAACUGUAAAAGAGAUAACCAUGGAGGAGGAAUUUACAGAAUACCUUGUCUCAGCUUCUGAAAAAUUGCUCCUUGAAUAUGGACAAACUGCUGAUCUAAAUGAUGCAAAGAAGCAGCAAGACCUCAUUAUGGUUAGGCUGCAUGCACAGUAUUUAAACGAUAUACAGAACAUGCAGUACUGUGUUUCACUUAAAAUAUGUGAUUUGUCUGGUAAUUUCAUUACAAAUAUUGAUGCACUUGAAUGUUGCACUAACUUAAUUAAACUGGAUCUCCAUAACAAUCAGCUAGAAGAGCUUCCAGGCCCAAUUUUUUGGGGCAGCAUGGCGGACUUAAGCCUACUGUAUCUUCAUGAUAAUGGAAUUUCAACACUGGAAAAUGUGCAUUCAUUAUCUUUCUGCCCUAAUCUGAUUGCACUUACCUUGUUCAAUACUCCACUGUGCCUGAAAAUAGCUUAUAGACAUAUUGUUGUUAACAGUAUUUUUUCACUGAAGGCAUUGGACUACUAUGUCAUUUCUGAUGAGGAAAUAAUGGAGGACUGGAGGCUUCCUGAAAAAUAUAAACCAUUUACUCUUAGCUUUUUUGUUGAUUUCCCCCCUCUUUCUGGAAAGGAAACUACGUUUCGGGAAGAAAUGAAAAUGAUAAGAGGCAUAAUUUCCAAGAUCAAUUAUGUUCUAGCUCAUCAUUCGCCAGUCCUGAUUAUUCAAAAAUGGAUAAGAGGAUAUUUAAUUAGAAAAAUAUUGUGCUUGAUUCCUGUACAUCACAUUUUGCGAUACAAACGUUACAUCAAAGAUAGAACAAAGUACAUUCAACCCAGAUCUUCAGUAUAUAGUAUUAAAAGCUGUAUAUCUCAUACCAUUAAGCCAGAACAACACGCUGAGGAGAAAAAACUUACAUCGGGCAUCCAAACUACAGAUGUGAAAGAUCUUAAGGAGCUUCAUUUAUAUUUGAGAAAAUUAAAUUAUCCCAUUCUCUCAACCAUACUGAGAUUGGAAGAAAAGAAAAGGAUUAAAGAGAAGAAAGCAAGAAGGUCACCAAGGAAGGAUCUCUUGGAAUGGAAAAAAACUGAAAUGAAAGAAGAUGGGAUGGCAACGAAAUUUAGGCUUUCAGUACAUAGGAUGCCAUUUUAUUCAUUGACUGAGGAGUUGCAACGAUAUCAAGAUAGAGACAAAGAUUUUUUUGAUGCUGUCCAGGACUUGCGUUAUGUCAUGCAUCCUAUACCACAAACUAUGCCUGUACAUGAGCCAGGCAGCAUUGAUAAGAGGAUAUUUGCAAAAGCAUUUGGAACUAUAAGACUUCGGCCCUUGUAUGCUAUUGAUAAAGCAUAUUGGGAAAGUCAGAAAUUGGAUGCCCAUCUUAAAAAGGAGCGGGAAGUUAUGCGGAUGCAGAUUGCUAAAAGUGAAGCUGACGACUACGUUAACAAAUUACAUGAAGGAAAAAUAGAAAAACUUCAGAAGAAUUAUGAAAAGGAAAAGCUGAUGUUUUGUGAUAUUUUGGAAGAGUGCAAGCACAAAAGAUCAAAGUUAAUUAGUAAAAUGAGACAAAAGUAUACUCGUUUUUUAGACAGAAAGGAGGAAAAGGUAUUGGAAAACACAUUCAUUCAGCGCUUCAGCAGUCAGCAUACUUCUUUGACAAGAGGCUUAUUAAGACUUGAUGGGUGGAGGAAUUGUAAAGAAGGCAUAAAUGAAAAAAAACAUAUAAUUAAAGGAACUGUAGAAGAACAGAAACAGCGAAAAGGGUUGUAUAAACAUUUUCAUGAGGAGAGGCUACAGAUGGUGCAAAAACAAAACACAAAUGAGAAAUGUUUUAGGAAAUUUGUGACUCGUGAAAUGUCUAAGGGGAGGCUUCAGCAAUCCAAGGCAAAGGUUGAGGCUGUGAAGAAACCCAGAGUGAAAAUACUGUACACGUUGCCUGUGAUUGGCAGUUCUGGCACUGCAGUGCCCGUAGCAGAGUACGAUGGUUAAGGUGGUAAAGUAUAAUAUGGGAACUGAACAUAAGCCCAAUUGUGAUUUAUCAUUUGAAUUCGCAAUAUAAAACAUUAUUGUCUUA